CCGAGGGACAUUGGCGCGGUUUAAUCUAGACCCGGCAGCAUUUUGUGCGUAAUCUUUCUCCUUUUUUUAUUCGAAACAAUGUCUGCCCUUCAAAAAAGUAAAUACGAAAACAAAAGCAAACCUGAUGAAAACAGGAACAAAGGAGUUUCCAGAUGGUCCCAUUGUAGGAAACGCGGUGCAGAUGGUAACCUGAGAAAAUCGCAUGAAGUUGAAGAGCCUGGCAAAUGUUCACAGAACUUACGCAGACCAGAAAGCUUCACAACCCCUGAGAGUGAGGGGCCUGUAUCCAGAGUAAAAAACUGGGGAGAUGAGGUAGAGGCAGAGGAAAUGCGUUCAAAUGUCCGACGUGAUAUGCAUCGAUACAGAAGAAGGAUUCUUGAAACAGAUUUUCCUCAAAGAGACAGAAAAAUCUCAUCUGAAAGUUCUGACUCCAGAGACUCAAGAGAUUCCAAAGAAUCUCCUGCUAAAGGUGACAUCGAGACAGAUGAGACUACUCUCAUUAGGAGACAAAAACAGAUUAACUAUGGAAAAAACACUCUUGCAUAUGAUAGAUACAUUAAAGAAGUUCCCAAGCAUAUGAGACAGCCCGGUGUUCAUCCAAAGACUCCAAACAAAUUUAAGAAGUACAGCCGACGCUCCUGGGACCAGCAGAUUAAACUGUGGCGGGUCAAACUUCAUGCAUGGGAUCCCCCUGCAGAAGAGGGAAGCGACUUGCAGCAGAUAGAAGAGAUUGACCUUGGUGAAGUAAUGGACUUUGAGUUGGAUGUGGAGUGUUCAGCGGAUACUGAAUCGCAGUGUCCAACAUCCAGUGGAGCAUUGCUGUCUUUGGCAGAGGAUUCAUUUACAGGAACCCCUAAAAAGAUGAUGAAAAUUGAGGAUGCUGAAAUGUCUUGAGCAGCUACAAUGAGGUCCAAGGCUCUAUGAGAGAGCUUCUGAGCAGCUGAAUUGUUUUAAUACACUGUUUGUCUUUAUUUUUGGAGCAUUAUUGUGAAAUGCUUUCAACAGGUUCUUGUUUUAUUGGUAGCACAGGUUUUGACAGCUUCUUAAAGAGAAUGCUUUGUCCAUAUCACUGAAUUCAACAUGUUCUUUCCAUCUUUUCCUUAUUGGGUCUUUGCAAAAGAAAAUGUAAAUGUGUAAAUCUUGUAAUUGUUGAAUUUUCUAUUGUGGUAAUCCAUUUAUUGCUCCGUGAACAUUUCUCUUGUAUUUAUCAAAUUUUUUUUGGAUCUCAGAGAGGGUUCACAACAAAUUUCCAAUGUUAAAUAGGUUUUGUUUUUAAGCGUUCUUUUAGAUUUUUUUUUUUUUUUUUUUUUUUGACUUGUUAAUUUGAAAAUAAAUAUUAAACUGGAAUGACCCAAA